AUGCCGGAUCUGGAUCAGCGCCGGCGCCGUCACACGCUCGCGUCAUGCUCCAAACACAAGGUGAUUUUGGAAGCGCCGAUGCCACUGGCUCAGCGAUUCAGAAUCCCAGAGGAAAUUUUUAUUGGCUUCACUUUCAUUACUCAGGAGACUUCUUUGAUUUCUCAGUUUGACGAACUCUCCCUGUCUCUGUCUCUCUUAACAGAAAUCGAAAAGGUUCAGAAAGAUGAAGACAAAGAGGAUGAGAAGUUCAUUGAUGUUGUCAUCAACAAGAACAUGAAACUGGGACAGAAGAUUUUGAUCCCUGUAAAACAGUUUCCCAAAUUUAAUUUUGUGGGUAAACUCCUGGGCCCUCGAGGGAACUCAUUAAAGAGACUGCAGGAGGACACGCUGACCAAGAUGUCCAUCCUCGGCAAGGGAUCCAUGAGAGACAAAGAAAAGGAAGAAGAACUGCGAAAGAGCGGCGAGACAAAGUAUCAUCACCUUAACGAAGAUCUUCACGUGCUGAUCGAGGUGUUCGCGCCGCCCGCUGAAGCAUAUGCGAGAAUGGGUCACGCUCUAGAGGAGAUCAAAAAAUUUCUUAUUCCUGACUAUAAUGAUGAGAUCAGACAGGCGCAGCUACAGGAGCUGACGUAUCUGAACGGCGGCUCAGAGGACGCCAAAGUCCCAGCGGCCAGAGGCAAGAGCAGCACGCGAAGCAGAGGAACGCCAGCGCCGGGACCGCACAGGUGUAGAGGGGGUGUUCCUCCUCCUCAGGCGGCAGUCCCGCGGGGGGUGGCGCCCAGAGGAGCUCCGCCCAGCAGGGUUCCAUCCAGCAGAGUAAGGGGCGUUCCCUCACAGAGAGCACGAGGAGCUCCGCCCCCACCCGGGUACAGACCUCCCCCUCCGGUGGUGCAGGAUACCUACGGUGAAUAUGAAUACGAUGAUGGAUAUGGAACAGCCUACGAUGACCAGGGAUACGACUCAUAUGACAACAACUACAACAAUCAGGCACCGAAUUCAGAUGAUUAUUAUGAAUACAGCCAUGGUAUCAGCGGAGAAUCAUAUGACUCUUACGGCCCGGAGGAAUGGACAAACAACCGCAACAAGGCGCCACCAGCAAGGACAAGCAAAGGAGUGUACAGAGAGCAGCCGUAUUCCCGGUUCUGACCUGCUACAGUCCUUCAUGUGCCCUCCCAAGUAAUGGAUUUUCUAUGGACUCUAUUUCUUUUUUUGCAAAUAAAA